CAGAAGCGCCAAGAGGAAAGAGUUCGUUCACCUGACCCAGCGGGAGAACAUGAGUGUCACUGAGUAUACUACUCAGUUUGACCGGUUGGCGAGGUUAGCCUCGGGAAUUGUGCCGACCGACUUCAGCAGGAAGGAGAAGUAUCUGGACGGGUUGAAUCCCAAGAUCAGGCAUGACCUGAUGAUUACCACAGACGACAGCACCACCUAUGCUCAGAUGGUGGAGAAGGCACUGCGAGCUGAGGGCGCAGUGGGGUGUAUGUCAGAAUCAGCCAGUACUCCGGUUAGUGGCGGAGCUCCUACCCCUCCUGCAUCAGGCUUCAGCAGGGGGAGUAGUGGUUCGGCCAUUGAUCAGAGGAAGAGGGCACCCACUGCUUCCGGCGGCUCGAGCCAGAACAAGAGGUUCCGGGGGAACCAGAACAGAGGGAGUCGUCCUGGUGGUAAUGAGACCCGAUUCUCCUACCCCGAGUGCCCUAGCUGCAAGAGGCAUCAUCGGGGAGAGUGCAAGGGGCAGGGAUGCUUUCAUUGUGGCAUGCCCGGGCACUUCAAGAGGGAAUGUCCCCAGCUCCGGCCAGAGGCACCGAGAGCUCCAGCGAUACCCACUCCAGCCAGGGUAUUCGCUAUCACGCAGGCUGAUGCAGAUGCCAGCCCAUCAGUUGUUACAGGUAAAGGCAAGGCUGUAGCUGAUGGACCGUGACCGAGCAUAUGAGAUUGUACAUGUCGGGGCGGUUAGGCCUGGAGCGUACGAUCCUCGGGACAGCAGGGCUGAGAUUUUGUAACUGUCGUUAGACGACUUUCAUUUUGAUGUAAAAGUUAAACAGUUAAAACGUUUGUAAAUAUUUUUAUAAAUCGGGAUCCCGAGACUUUUUGCAAAAUGGUUUAUAAGUUUAAUGAAAAAGCAAAAUUUUAAUUAAUCACGUUUUUCCAUAAACCUCGUUGAUUAGCAACGAGCUGCACAGUACGUUUAAAAAUCACGUAAUACGCCUAAGAUAGUUAGGGUGUUACAAAAAAUCACCCCCAUUUCACUAUUUUUUCACCAUUUUAGCUCAUUUUUGUUUCUAAAUCUUCUAUUUUUCAUACUUAAAACUAUAUACCUGAAAAGAUCACAUUUUUCUUCAUUUUUUAGGGUAAACCGAAGGUAGAGGUAGUGGUUGUGGUGGUUAUACCUCCGGCCACCGUUUUUAGAGGAGAAAACAUUGUAUCUCAACGUCUAUUAAGGUAUAAAUCUGAUUUCUACUAAUUUUAGUAAUGUACAUUGCUUUAUUUUUUAUUUUAUAAAUUUUUUAGGGUUUUUCUAUAUUAUUAAAUAUGUAUUAUGUUGUAUUGAAUAUGUAUUGUGUGUAUAUAUAUUGUGAAUGAGAAAUGUAUUGUGUGUAUAUAUAUUGUGAAUGAAAAAUGUGAUAUAGGAGAGUAUAUAUAGUAUGUAUUUUGUGUUGUAUUGAAUAUGUAUUGUGUGUAUAUAUAUUGUGAAUGAGAAAUGUGAUAUAGGAGAGUAUUUUAUAUAUUGUAUAUGUAUAUAUUGAGUAUUUUAAAGUUUAAACUAAUAGUUUUGUUAAUUAAAUAUUGUGAUGAGAAUCAGAUAGAAGAGUAUUAAAAUAAAAGUUUAGAAAUUAAUUUCUAUAAAAUUAGUUUAGAAACAAAAAUUUAGAAAUUAACUAUAUUUUGUAUUAAUUUUUUUUUUCUAUUUUCAAUUUUAUUAAUGUGUUUUUAUUUUUUUUUAGUAACUAGUAAAUAGUUAGUUACAACUAUUUAGCAAGUUACUAAUUUUCAUUCAUAUUCAUGUAUUUUUAUUACUAACUAGUUACUCAUAAUUUAUAUAAGUAGUAAGUAGCUAAAUAAAAAAAUUGGUAAUUUUGUAGUAUUUUCUUACGUUGUAGGUUGUGAGGUCAAUUUGCAAGGAUCCGACUUAUUUGGUGUUGAUCGGUUUCAAGGUAGCUCGAGGUAUACAUUUACUAACUUUUAUUAUAAUAAUUAUGAAUGCUUAGUAGAGUUUGAAUAUCUUAAAUAUUCAUCCGUAGUGAAGUAGGUUCUGUGAAUACAUAUACUGCAGUCGGAUGAGUGGUAAACUUUUAUAUUGCUAAAUGUUGUUGUGAUUAUUUUAUAUUGUUUUGAAUUGUGUUUUGUUGUUAUUAAUAGGUUUGAAUUUUUUGGAAAUGUUCAAUUAUAACCAUUAUGCUGCCGAAAUUUCGGUAGAAUUAGGAUAAUAUUAGAUUUUUUUUUCCCUUAAACUUGGUUGUUAGGAUUUUAUCGGAAGUCACUUUAUCGGAAGUCAAGUACAUAAUUUUUAGUAUAAGGUAUGCUUUCUUUAACUUACUUUUAUAAGAAUGUUUUUUUAUAUAUAUUUAGAUAAUUCUUAAAU